UUUGAAUUGAAUGAAUUAAAUUGAAAAUAAUAAAUAUAGAACUUUUAGUAACUAACUACAUUUUAAGAGUAUUACUGUAAAAAAAUCAGUUUGAAAACAUAACAGUUUGAAGUCCUACGAUAAAUAAUAAUAUCAGGUAAUACAUAUACAAUUAUCAAUAAAAACUCUGUCUUUCCGUAUUAAGUAUUUUUGUAUAAGUAGAGAGGUUAUGAACUUUGUACAGUGAACGACAUGAUGAACGUAAUAAACAUAUUAUCGUAAAGUAUGGCGCCGGAAAGAACAAAUGGGAUUAAUGGAAAUCACUUAAAAAAUGUACCUAACAUCAUAAACAGUGUACCAAAUGCGCCAUCACCAUUUCCUCCUUCAAAUCUUCAACCAGGAAAUCCUCCACCAGUACCUCCGCGUCAACCAGUCCAAAAUUAUUCUGGAUUUCAUCAUAGACCAUUCGGAUCUAAUUAUUAUGGAGGAUACGGAUUUGGUGGAUAUGGUAAUCAAUAUAGGGGAUUUAAUGGAUAUGGAGGAUAUAGUUCAUAUGGUCCAUACUCCAAUUAUAAUAAUUAUGGAAUGUUUGGUGGACACAGUGGUGAUGCCGAAAAUAGAUUUUCCCAAUAUGUUGAGGACAAUACCAGGUCAACUUUUCAGUUGAUCGAGACAGUUCUUCAUACAUUUUCAUCUAUGACAAUGCUAUUGGAAUCCACAUAUUUUGCUUUAACAAAUUCAUUCAGAGCAAUUUUAAAUGUUGCAGAAAAUGUUGGGAAAUUACGCUCCACUGUAAAUCAGUUACUUAGUACUUUUGCUUUAAUUAGAUUUUUUAAAUGGUUGUACAGGAAGAUUGUACACUCUACUGGUUAUCAAAAUCAAGAUUCAAUAAACGAAGAGUUAUGGGAUAAAUCACUAGCAAAAGUUGGAAGUGUAAAUGUUCAUAAUUCUUCUUACUGGUCUGGGUUUUUAAUAUUCAGUGUAUUCUUUGUAGUACCUUAUAUAAUUCAUAAAAUUUCGAAUAAUAUUAAAAACAUGCAAAUAAAAGGAAAAGAUCCAAAAGAAUGGCAAGCUAUUGAGGAACCCGCAUAUAUUGCAACAGUGUUAUAUGACUUUGUUGCCACUCACAAUGAUGAACUCAGUAUAAAAGCUGGUCAAAAAGUCUAUCUUGCACCCAAGUCUCUACAACCAAAAAAUAUGCCCGGGUGGUGCAAAGCUACCGAUAAUGUAAAUGUUGGUCUUAUUCCUUACAAUUAUAUUAAAGUUAUAGGACAAUUGAAAAAAGUGAAAAGGGAUAAUGAAACAAACCCUGUAAAUGAAGAAAUAUCUUCUACAAAUGAAAGUUCUAAUCAUAGCAAUAGAAAGGAUUCACAGCCUAUAAGAAAUGAUAAAACUGUUGAAAAUGAAGCAUAGGGAAGUUGGUUUUAAAUGAUUUUAUUAAAUGUUUUAUAACUUUCAACAAUACACUAGAAUUUAUAUCCAAUAAAUUUUGAAACUUUUCUACA